AACAAAGAAGAAGAGGGAGACGCAUACGGAGGAAUGGCGGAAGGCGGGGGAUUCGAAAACGGAAACAGACCAAAGCCGGUGAAAGAUGCACCGUCGACUUUCAAAUCAAAAGUCUGGACCCACUUCGGCUUUUACCACACUGACAGUGCAACGCUCGAUAAAGAGUUUGCAAUCUGCAAGAACUGCCUCGCUAAGGUCAAGUACACGGGCAACACAACGAAAAUGCACAGCCAUCUUGUCCGUCAUCAUCCCGAGCUUGCCGCGGAGGAGAGGAAUGCUUCUGUAAGCCAGCCUACAAUCAACACUGCAUUUAAAGCAAAGCUUCCUUCUGGGUCCCCCAGGGCUGCAAGUAUUACAAAGUCCAUUGCUUGCUUCAUUUGUAAAGAUCUCAGACCAUACAGUGUAGUUGAAAAUGAAGGUUUCCGCCGAAUGUUAAAUACACUGGAACCAAGAUAUGACAUACCCUGUAGGAAAUACUUCACUGAAAAAGCAAUUCCCGCUUUGUAUACAGAGACGAAAGCACAUGUGGAAAACGCACUUCAGUCUGCUGAGAGAGUUGCACUUACAUGCGACGCGUGGACGUCCAGGGCCACAGAAUCAUUUGUGACAUUCACUGUUCAUUUUCUUCUGGAGUGGGAACUGCGGUCCUAUGUUCUCCAGACCCGGGCGAUGUCCGAGUCGCACACCGGUGCCAACAUGGCAGAAGUCAUACGGAAGGCUACGGAAGAGUGGAAGCUCACGGGGAAAGACCCGGCGGUUGUCACUGACAGCGCAUCUAAUAUGACUGUUGCUGUUGAGCUAACUGGAUACCAACACGUUCGGUGUUUUGCACACGUGCUUAACCUUGCUGCACAGCACGCACUGAAAGUGCCAGCUGUUGCUCGACUGACCGGGAGAGUCCGCAGGAUUUCGAUGUUUUUUCACAGAAGCACUACAGCCGCCGAUGCACUGAAGAGAAACCAAAGGAUGCUUGCACUGCCACAUCACAAGCUGAUCACAGACGUUGCUGUACGGUGGAACAGCGCUUAUGAGAUGCUGGCCAGGUUCCUUGAGCAGCAGCCUGCCGUCUGUGCUGCCCUCUUAUCUCCUGAGGAAGAUGAUGCAGACAUGGAUACAUUUCAAGUGAGCCCUGACGACAAGGAGGGAAACCCUGACCCACAGACUCCAGAGACUAGCGCAGUGAGUGCACACACACCAAGGAAGUGGAAGUCUGCGCUCACUGAUCUCCUUGGUCAGACAUUCAAGAUGACCCACCAACGACUGUUGGCUUCUUCCUUCGCAGAAAGAGAGGUCAAGCAAUACCUAGAUGCUCCACCACUAGCACUGACUGAUGACCCGUUGCACUGGUGGAAGUCUCAUGCUCAAGCCUACCCACUCCUUGCCAAGCUGGCCCAAAGACAUCUCUGUGUCCCAGGGACCAGUGUACCUGCGGAACGUGUCUUCUCUACAGCAGGUGUCAUAAUCAGCUCUCAAAGGAGCUGUCUCACCUCUGAGCAUGCUGACCAGUUGCUCUUCCUGAAGAAGAACAUGCUGUUUUGAAACGUUUGCACAUUACAGAUUCAGUUGAAUUUUAUUUUUGCUCUGUGUUAACUUUGUUCUUUGUGUUCAUAAAACAAUCUGAUUCUGCUUG